AUGCCUGGAUAUACACAAGCCAAACUAGCGCAUGAGAAGGACCUGGGAAAAGGCAUGCCUCCCAGGCAACAGGUUACAAUUGAUCUCCCCGAGCCCACAUACCAACGGUCAAGUCAGAGGAGCCCGGUCUUGGGAAGCACACCCUUCCGAGACGUUGGCCUGGAAAGAGGGGAUGGCUUUCAGUUUUCUACUAUGAACGAAGCGAAGAAGGCCCCGAAGAAGAAGAGAUAUAUCUUUGGAGUUCCCGACAAUCCUCUCGAGGACCCGGAGUCGGACAAUGAAUGGAUGCGGCACAUUGAUGGAAAUGAGACAAAGCCAGAAACCAACAAUUCUCAACGAGUGUCUGAGCAGCGCCGCAAUACUUGCUGUCAUAAUACUUCGGAACUCACCCAUAAGAGAUCAUCCAUAUCAUGCGGUGAGGUCAGCGUUGUUAUAGUUAUCUUGGUUGCGGCAGGCCUCAUUAUUCUUCUACCAUUAUUGCUCUGGAGAAAAUAA